AUGGGUUCAAUAUUAGCAAAGCUCGCCGAUGUGUUACAGAGUUUCUCCAGUGGAGCACCAUCCCGGAUACUGAUGCUUGGACUGGAUGCAGCAGGUAAAACGACGGUCCUGUACAAGAUCAAACUGAACGAGAACGUCAGUACCAUCCCGACGAUCGGGUUUAACGUGGAGGAGGUAUCCCCGUGUAAGGGUGUGUCCUUUACCGUAUGGGAUGUCGGCGGUCAGGACAAGAUCCGACCACUUUGGAAAGUCUACUUUCAAAACACAGAAGGCCUGGUUUAUGUCGUAGACAGCAAUGACAGAGAAAGGAUCGACGAGGCCCGAGAGGAACUCUUCAGUAUCCUUAACGAUGAUGAGAUGAGGGGAGUCCCCGUUGUUGUGCUCGCAAACAAACAAGAUCUGCCACAUGCAAUGAACACAGCCGAAGUAGCUGACAAGAUGUGUCUAACGAAACUGACCGGGCGGAAGUGGUUUGUACAGGGGGCAUGCGCUGUGAAUGGGGACGGACUAUUUGAAGGCAUGAGAGAGAUGGCACGUCUUACAAAAGAAAACAGAAAGAACCACAGAUGA